AUGGCUAGCUACCAGUACCUCAGUUAUGUAGAUCUCUACAAAAUCAACAACAUAAACUUGGACCCCUUCACAGAGGUUUUCAACGACAAAUUCUACCUGAGGUAUAUUUACAAAUGGCCCCACAUGAAUAUAGUCACAAAGGAGAUGGAUGACCAUAUAAGUGGCUACAUCAUAGGAAAAGAAGAAGGACUAGGAUCCAACUAUCAUGGACACGUCACGGCCUUAUCCAUCGAAGAGGACAGUCGCAGAACAGGCAGGGGUAUAGAUCUAAUGAAUGAAUUUGAAAAAAUAUCCAAAGCUAUCCAUGUGGCUAACUUUGUGGAUCUCUUUGUCCGCAUCACCAACGAGCCAGCCAUCAACAUGUAUCAGAAGCUUGGUUAUAUCGUCAACGAAGAAAUUGUAAAUUAUUACUGUGGUAAUGAGAGUGCCCUAGACAUGCGGAAGUACUUGAACAUGGGAGCGAGUGCCUGCGUGAAGUGA